AUCAUGCAUGAAGCCAACAUCUCCUGCCUGACACCAAGAUACUUCAUUCUUGAUGGGAUUCCUGAACUAGAAGACUUACACAUCUGGAUCUCCAUGCCCUUCUGCCACAUAUACAUCAUCGCUGUCCUGGGGAACUGUGGGCUCAUCUACUUCAUCAGCCAUGAUGAGUCCCUGCAUCAGCCUAUGUAUUACUUUCUAGAUCUGUGGUCUCUUACAGAUAUUAGUGGGUGCACUUCAUUUGUCCCUAAUAUAUUAUGUAUCUUUUGGUUCAGUCUCAAAGAGAUUGACUUUAAUCCCUGCUUCGUGAAGAAGUUUUUCAUCCACAUGUUGACAGGUAUGGAGUCUGGCGUGCUCAUGCUUAUGGCCCUGGAUCACUAUGUGGCCAUUUGCUACCCUCUUUGCUAUUCUAGCAUCCUUACCAACACAGUAAUUAUCAAGUUUGGGUUUGCUACCUUCAGUCAAAGUUUGUUGCUCGUGAUCCCAUUCACUUUCCUGGUCAACUACUUUUACUACUGCAGGGGCAACCUCAUCCACCCCACCUACUGUGCUACGUCUGUGGCCAAACUGUCCUGUGGCAACAUCAAGAUUGAUGCCAUCUAUGGUCUCAAAGCUGCCAUAUUGAUUGGAGGAUUUGAUAUGUUUUGUAUUUUCAUGUCUUACACCAUGAUUAUCGGUCCUGCAGUGAGUCUGUCAUCUUCAGAUACUCACCACAAAUCCUUCAGCACCUGUACAUCUCUUAUAUGUAUUAUUGUCAUUACCUAUGUCCCAACCUUCUUCAACUUUACUCAUCAUUUGAGGGGACACACCAUACCUCACCAUGUUCACAUUUUUAUAGCCAAUCUCUACCUGUUAAUGCCUCCCACCUUGAAUCCAAUUGUCUACGAAGUAAAGACAAAGCAGAUCUGUGAAGGAGUGAUCAAAUUGUUUUUAGCGAGAAAGAUAUUUUGA